CAACAAGCGUGCCUGUGUGAGUCGUGUUCAAUGAGCCUUGCAAGUUUACACUCUGGAUUUGCGACUGUUGAAGCUAUUUACAAGUACAGCCACAUACAAUGGAUGUCCACGACAAUUUAGAGAUCAACCAGGCUGCUGAAAGUAACUAUAACAAAACUCGAGGUGUCGAUGACGAUCACGUCGUCGGAACGCCAACGGAUCGUCUCGGUCAGGGUGAUGAUGUGACAGACCUCUUAUUUAAAACAACUGUGGCUGAAAACGGUGAUGAGACCAAUAUCGUAGACAAGAUAGUGACUGUCACAAAAUUAGAAACGGUGAGAAAUGAAUCCGAUACUGCUAACGAGAAAGUGGGUCUUCCAGGUGAUGGCGAUUUCGAUGCAGGCACUUCCGGGAAAAAAGAUUUGUUAAACACAACGCGUUCACCGGAUGUUGUGGGUAUCAUCGAUGCUGAUUCAGAUUCGGAAAAAAACAAAAUUCGAAAUACCCCCAAGAUGAAUUCGUCCGGUGAUUCAGUUUUGAACGCUGAAAAGGAUUUUCAGGCUCCUGGGAAAGUCAAAGACGACAAGAAAGCGAAAACGAAACGUGAGUGGACAUCCUUUGUGGAUGAUAACAGUAACAACGACGAUUUUGAUCCAUUUUCUGCCAAGUAUAUGGUUGGCAUGGCGACUUCUACUGUUCAGGUUCCCUCGAAAAACCGCGGCUCUUUGGGAGACAAAAUGAAAACGAGCAAAGAAGAGAGUUGGAUGGCGUUUGAUAAUAGCGAGAAGACUCAAACAUUUACUGAUGCGGAAAAAACAGAUUUACACAUAAUAACAACAUCUGUUGAUGAGGAACCCAAAACAAAAAAUGCAGAGGAGGCUGGUGGAUGGUUACAAUUUGAUGAUGAAUCGCCACGGUUACCAGCCCGCUCCUCAUUAACUCCACAAAUGACAGGUUCCUCUAUACAGAGUGAUAAGGAUCCCCUUGGAGGAAGUGCAGAGAACCUUUUAGCUGAUGAGAAACCAUGGUCACAGGAUGAUACGGCUGCAUCUACUUUGUCGUCAAACAGAGGGAGUAUUGCAGAGUCACAAGACAGCGCCUCUCAGCAUUACGGGUUACUAGAUUCAACCCCGUCUUCUAAAAGAGGAUCUAUCGGAGAAAUGCUUACUUCCACGAGUACAACGUGGGCAACUUUUGAGGAGGGAAAUUCAGAUAAAAAUAGAGACACUGUUUCUUUGGUUACUGAUGAAGACAAGAUAAAUUCUAAAGCAACAGAGCCAGAGGAAAAAAUAAAAGAUGUUUCCAGUAAAGAGAAGGUAGACGUUGCCAAAAUGUUUUCUCCUGAUCAUGAACCGGCUUCGCCCAGUGUCGCUACUACUAAUACGGUUGAUUCAGUUGGUAUCAGGGACGAAUUUCAAUGGGUGACACCACAAACUGGUGCUUCUAAUGUGUCCCAGGUGAGCAGUGCAAGCAGUGCUUUUGAUCAUAGCUUGAUGUCUUUGCCAAGUUUUGAAUCAACCAGAGUAAGUGCUGGUAUGUUGGAUUCCACAGCUCAGGAACAACAAGUGCAUCUCCAAAAUAGUUUUGAUCAGUCUUUGUUGCCAAAUCAGAGUGGUUACUCAUCAGCGUCUCAGAAUACUCCCAGCACACCCAGCCAUUGGAUUUCAUUUGACGAUGGUGCACAAAAAAAACCUAAACCAAAAAAGUUUUUUGGAAGCUCAUUUCAGCCAGAACAAGUUGAGAUUCAACAUACUGGACCAGCGGGUAAUCCAUUUAAAAAAGAACUUCUUGCCAGUCAGUAUCAGCAUUCGUUUGAUCAGACGCGAUCAUUCAGCACGCAACAACAACGAUCAUUGGAUCAUUCAGUUGACCCGUCAACGUCAUUCACUAGUCACGUCUCAGCUAGUCACGUCUCAGCGUCCAUGCAUCCGUCACCUUACAAUCCAUUCCAGAAAGAAUCAGCAGCGGUAGACCAAGCCAUAUUUGGUACACAGGCUGCUGCCAUCAGUCCUUCUCCUCAACAGUCCAGCAUACAAGCUCAGCCAAAUUUUGGUCACUUUGAUGGUAACAGCUCCAGUGCGAGUCAGUUCACUGAGCCUCCUAAAAGUCCUGGAAAUCCGUUUCGUGUUGAAAAGCUGCCACAAUAUAUCCAGCCUGAAGCUGCAGCAUUCGUCAGUGACUUGACAAGUGAUGUGAAUAUGGCCACAACGCAGCCUGAAACACCAAUACCCCUGUAUGCAGCAACAACAUCGUCUACAAUACCAGUUACUAUGCCGGUUACAGCAGCUGCAACAUUUGAACCAGAGCCAGUGCAAACAAGUAUUUCUUCUCCACCUGAAGCUGCAAAAGAGAUUACACCAAAGCCAGAUGCUGCAUCAGAGGUUCACCAAUAUCAGGAUGAGUAUCCACCAGAAUCUUAUGAUCUACUCAAGGGAUGGCCUUUACAACUCCGAACUCCAGACAGGAAAACAAUCACUGGGUCACGUUAUUGGAGGCCAGUACAUAUCAGACUCAUUGAUACUAAUGUUUUACAACUUUACAAUGAAGCAAAUCCUCUUGAGCCAUUCCGUGAGUUACCUUUGCAAUCAUGUUACAUGUUCUCUGUACCUAAGCUCCAGGCCCAUGACACUCGAGGAAAAAUACACACCAUCAAACUCGAGUAUGUCUCAUAUAAAGAGAAGAAGAAGUUUGGGAAGCAUGUGAUAGACCAUGUGGACCACCGAGCCGAGCUCUUAAAAAUUGGAUCCACCAACUAUGACCUGUUUGGAAAUUUUAUCCGAGCCGUGAAUGACACCUUAAUGAAAUUACCAUCAUAUAGAGACAGGGGAACAACGUACCGACAGGAUGCAGUCACGAUCGAAGUCACUGAUAUGUGCCGGGUGAAAUUAACAAUGAAUGGAGAAACUGAUAAAAUUUCUACUAUGGUGCACAUCCAUUGCCUUGCAUUUGUCACUGGUAUGCCAGAUUGUGUUAUUGGACUGAACGAUGUUCAGAGACAAGGCCUGGAGGUAGUCUCUCGGCAGGAUAUAAUACCGCAUCGCAGUGAUCAGUGGAUUAAGAUGGAGAACGUGGAGUUACAUAGUUGUGUUGAUAAGGACAAGUUUGUUAGCGAACGUUUUAUUGAAUUCCACCCGCUUGAUGCCUGUACGUUUGAACUUAUGAGAUUUCAGAUCAGACCCGAUAAGAAGCAGGAUUUACCAUUGACGCUCAAAACGGUGGUGUCUGGGGAGCAGGCUCAUAUUGAGCUACGUGCGGAUGUGUUGAUACCUGGUUACAGAAGCAAAAAAAGUAUGCAACAAAAUCCGUGUGAGAACAUUAUGAUUUGUUUCCCUCUUCCUGAAAACUGGAUUCCUAUGUUUAGGGUUGAAAAGAAAUUUGGUUAUUCAUCGGUGAAAUCUACAACCAAGAAAUCUGGUCGUAUAAAGAAAGGUAGUCUCUGUCCAGGUUUGAUGGAAGUCUCUGUUGGCUCAGCUAAAUAUGAACAUGCAUACAAAUCAUUGGUGUGGAGAAUUCCCAGACUUCCUGAGAAAAAUACAGAUCCGCAUACCACACAUAUCUUUAUGUGUAGAAUGGACCUGACAUCAGAUCGUGAAAUUCCUUCGACUUACGGCACUGCCAAGGUGGAAUACACCAUGCCUCAUACAACAGCCUCCAAAGCUGCAAUCAGAUCUAUUACUGUAGCAAAUGAACGAUGUCCCGAUAAACUAGUGCGAUACAAGGCAAUUUACAAAUACGAAGUUGAAAUUGAACAAAACUUUCAUUUCACAGCUGUGCUAGAUGACGAAGAGCCGAGACAGUGUAUACAACAAUAGUACCGUGAUGAGGUAACAAUUCUGUUGUGUUCAGCCACAACAAAUCAUAUUCUUCAUUUCAUACAAAAUUUGUGCAUGUUUGUAUGGGUCCUACUAUUUAACGCCCGGACACGCGAGGGAGUGUCCGGGCACGCGCGGAGGCGAACAGGGGG